CUUGGCAACGAUAUACGCUGUUUAUUUGCGACAACCUACUCUUUUCAAGGUCUACGUGAAGAUUUUCCCGUAAACUCUUCCGUUGAUGGCUCGAAGGCAUGCGAAUCCUCAGUCGAUAUUCGCUCGCGCUUCUAGGCAGUGUCAAAUUAUGCAUCUUUAAAAUGAUGUGAUCACUACGCCCAUUAGUUGGCGCAGGGGCUGUUCCGACCGUCGGUGCAGCAAGUGCGCUGGAUGAAAAACAACAAGCACUGGCUUCCCAAAUGGAAGGCAUUGCGACGGCGCAAGGUUAUCAAGAUAAAGCUGCCCGAAUUCGAGGAGAUGCGCCGCAAGGACCAAAUGACACCGGAGGAGAUGCGUACCAAACUAAAGGAGCAAGGCGUGGCCCCCGACCGGCCCUGGAAUGAGCGACCCAUGGUCAUCAGCUGCUCGGGUGGUGUCUUCGAACCGUACCUUCCUCCCGAGGGUGAUGGAAAAGUGAGCGUCCUGACCAAGGCUGGAGCCGUGCAGCGCAUGCGGCGCCUUGAGAUGCGCGGCAAGUCCUACAUGAACCUGCGAAAAAUCCGCGCCUAUGAGGACGAAUUUGACCUCGUGGAGUUUGCCGAUGUGGCCCAGGAUCUCUACGUAGAAGCCCACAAGGCGCUUGCCAAUCGAGAUGAGGAAAAGCUUCAGGACCUUGUGACAGAGCACUGCUACCCUAUUAUAAUGGAGAACAUAGAGCGGAAGACACUGCGGUGGCAGUUUGUGCGCAGCCUGGAACCUCCACGGGCAGUGCACAUCCGGUGCACCGACAUGAUCAGCAAGGAGAACUUGUUUGCCCAGAUCACCAUGCGAUUUCACAGUCAGCAGACAUUGGCAGUCUACGAUCGUUUUGGCCGUCUAAUGCAUGGAAAUGAAGCGAUAAUCAAGGAUGUCUUGGAAUAUGUAGUCUUCGAGAAGCACAUUUCAAACGUGUAUGGUACAUGGCGUCUACACUCGAAGAUCAUCCCAGACUGGCAACCACCAAAGGAGCCCAUGAGGAAGACAUUUGUUAAGCCAAAGGAGCAGCCAGAGGAAGCUCCUGGUGCAACAGAGACAACUACCACCACUGUAAAGGAAACCAGGCCUCCACCACCAUCACCAUCGUCUCAACAACCGUCUGGUGAAACAUUUGCAACAGCGUGAUACAAGUUUCAAGAAAAACCCUAGAAACAAGCAGUUUCUUGACUUUCUAAUUAGACUGUGUAAUUUUCAAUAGUUAGAGCAAUUGCUGAAAAAAAAAAAAGGAAUUGUUACAAUU